AUGGCCCAGGCUGAGGCCCUGGUCCUCUUCUCACCCCUGCUGACCCUCUGUGUUUCUACAGGGAGCCCUGAGGUGUGGGUGCAAGUGCAGAGGGGCUCCUCGGAGCUCCCAUCCUUCUUAGUUCGCUGUGGGGUCUCCGCAUCUAGCCCCAUCUCCCUGGUCACGGUGAGUCGGGUGGGGUUUGUCGAUGCCCGAGGGACCAAACUAGCCGUGUUACACCCAGAGCAUGGCAGCCAGGAGUGGGCCCCCGCCAGCCAGGCCCGCUGGGAAACCUCAGACAGCAUCGCUCUCACUGUGACCCUGGAGCAAUCGGAACAAUCCCUGGACAACACUACUUUCUGCUGCGAGUUUGUAACUUUCCCUCACGGUGUCAGGAUUGCCUGUGGGGACCUGCACAGCUCAGAGUCAGGUAUCUCUGCCCCAGCUCCAGCCCCCGUCCUUCAAGCAGCCGUGGCCGGGAUCUUGGGAACCUUGGGGUUCCUUCUGUUUGGCUUUAUCCUCGUACUGUGUCUCCUGUGCCGUCGGCAGAGGCGCUGGUGUUUCAGUAGAGCUCAGCCAUCCCUCACCAGCACCCAGGCACAGACGCAGGCUCAGCCCACAAGAGUGUUCCUGGGCCUGGCCACUCUCCAAGCCCUGCCCCAUGCCCCCGCCCCACCCCUGCCACCCUGCGCAGCAGCUGGGUGUGACCAGCGGGUGACCAGCGCCUGCCCCGUGCGCCCCACGCCCCACGGGUGA